CCGCGAAAGUCGUAAGUCGUAACUAACUUGCACGAAAUGGUACGAGGGCAAAAACCCUCGGAGCACUGAAGCGACACCAUUUUCUCCGGCGAAAAGCUUCCCCUUUCACUUACCGACGUUCAUUUCCGCUGAGAAUAACGGAGAAUGGAGGCGCCGUUGCUCAACGGCUUCUCCAGCGACCGGAGCCACCGCCUGUACGCGGAUGACGGUGACUACCGCCCCGCCAGAGGGCUGAGGACGUGGUGGGAGGUUUUCUGCAUCGAAACGGUUAAGCUUUGGAUAAUCGGCGGCCCUAUUGCGUUCAACAUCAUUUGCCAGUACGGCACGAACUCCGCUACGAAUAUUUUCGUCGGCCAUCUCGGCAAUAUUGAGCUCUCAUCUAUCUCCAUCGCUCAGUCGGUUAUCGGCACUUUCUCCUUUGGCUUUAUGCUUGGAAUGGGGAGUGCAUUGGAGACGCUGUGUGGACAGGCAUUUGGAGCAGGGCAAGUUCAUAUGCUAGGGAUUUAUAUGCAACGCUCAAUUGUUAUUCUCUUUGUAACUUGUAUUAUUCUUUUGCCUAUUUACUUGUUUGCAACUCCAUUGCUUAAGUUGCUUGGGCAAGAAGAUGAAAUUGCUGUUUUAGCUGGGGAGUAUGCCAUCCUAAUCAUCCCUCAGCUAUUUUCCCUUUCUGUCACUUUUCCCACCCAAAAGUUUCUUCAGGCACAGAGUAAGGUGAAUGUGCUUGCCUGGAUUGGAUUCUUGGUGCUGCUCCUUAAUGUUCUUUUACUUUGGGUAUUCGUUUGUUUGUUCAGCUGGGGUACGACUGGCGCUGCCUUGGCGUUUGAUCUUUCGAAUUGGGUCAUCGCGAUAGCCCAAUUUGUGUAUGUUGUUAGGUGGUGUAAGGAUGGGUGGAAGGGGUUGUCUUGGACUGCUUUGAAUGAUAUUUGGGCAUUUGUUAGGCUCUCUCUUGCUUCUGCAAUUAUGCUCUGCCUUGAGAUUUGGUAUAUGAUGAGCAUUAUCAUCCUUACUGGCCAUCUUGACAAUGCUGUGAUUGCAGUUGGCUCCCUUUCUAUUUGCAUGAACGUUAAUGGUUGGGAAGCCAUGUUGUUCAUUGGAAUCAAUGCUGCCAUUAGUGUUCGAGUCUCAAACGAGCUUGGCCUAGGGCAUCCAAGAGCAACCAAAUAUUCAGUCUAUGUCACAGUUUUUCAGUCUCUCCUAAUUGGUAUACUUUGCACGGUUAUUGUACUGGCCACUCGAAACCAUAUGGCCAUCAUAUUCACAGAUAGCAAGGAAAUGCAGCAAGCAGUUGCCAAACUUGCAGGCCUGCUGGGAAUAACAAUGGUUCUCAACAGUGUCCAGCCUGUUAUUUCAGGUGUUGCAGUGGGAGGAGGAUGGCAAGCUCUAGUGGCUUACAUAAACUUGGGCUCAUAUUACAUAUUUGGUCUUCCUCUUGGAUUUGUUCUUGGAUAUGUGGCUAAUCUAGGAGUCACGGGACUUUGGGCAGGGAUGAUAGCAGGGGCUGGUAUGCAGACUUUGCUACUACUGAUUGUUCUUUACAAAACCAAUUGGACUAAUGAGGUUAAGCAGACGACAGAACGCAUGAAGAAAUGGGGAGGACAAGACAUUAACGUCGGUGAGAAAUCACCUGAUCAUCUUGCAUCAUGCAACAAUGAACCUUAAACGUCAUAACUUGUAAGCUCAAUACAAUAGUUCAGUUGUUUUUUGAUCCAUUUUACCUUGUGUUCGGGUGUAACAUAAACAUGAAGUUUGUAGAAAGUUUUGUGAUUUUGUCAAAAAUGUUAGUCUGCACUAAAUGUGUUGAAAAUAGUAUUGAGCAGAACGAA